CACGGACUUGGCGCACAACCCUUUCUUGCUAACCUUUUUUACGAACGUCACAAGAGGUGUGUAUGUCGAUGUGGAGCAGAGGUAUCAUAUGAACAUGGUCUACAAGGAGAGGAUUCUACUCAACAAGAAGUCUCCACAAGACACUAGUAUUGAAGGAGAACAAAAAGAAGAACGACAACAAGAAGACGCCUCUAGUACAGUAGAAGGAGAUGAAGACCUCCACUGGUUCGAGCGUGCGCCUCCACCUGAAUACAAGCGGUCAGCUACAGGACGCGUUCUCUUUCCAGACGAUGACGGCUUCUUCGAAACAGUGUUGGUGCGAGAGCCAGAUGCCGAAUCU